UCUAACCCUCCUUCUUCCUUUCUCCUCUCCUCUCCUUCAUCCUCAUGGCUCUUCCUCCUCCUGUUUCUACUUCCUCACACCUCGAGCUUGUUCUAGGGCUGGGUUCCGGCGUUGCCGCCGUUGAUGACACCACCACCACUGCUCCCAAGAAACCUUCCUCUAAUCUCACGGUUGCCAGUGGUGUCUGCGAGCCAUCUCUGACGUUGGGUCUCUCGGCCGGCGACACUUACCUUGUGCCUAAGAGGAUUGAUGUGAAUAUCAAAGCUAAUUGGGAGGAAACUCCUCCUGAUCACUUGUCUCGCCAGACUUCUUCGCCUCACAGCGUGGUUUCGUCUUUCUCUGUGGGGAGGGUCAAGAGGGAGAGAGAUCUCAGCAGCGAGGAGGCCGAGGCCGAGAGGGUUUCUUCCAGAGUCAGCGAUGAAGAUGAAGACGGCACUAAUGCCAGAAAGAAGCUCAGGCUCAACAAAGAACAAUCUGCUCUCCUCGAGGAAAGCUUCAAACAGCACAGCACACUCAACCCGAAGCAAAAGCAAGCGUUAGCCAGGCAGUUAAAUCUACGGCCUCGCCAGGUUGAAGUUUGGUUCCAGAAUCGAAGAGCCAGAACAAAGCUGAAGCAAACGGAGGUGGACUGCGAGUUUUUAAAGAAAUGUUGUGAGACGCUGACGGAUGAGAACAGGAGGCUGCAGAAAGAGCUGCAAGAGCUGAAGGCGCUGAAGCUGUCUCACCCGCUGUACGUGCCGAUGCCGGCGGCGACGCUCACCAUGUGCCCGUCUUGCGAGAGGCUGGGCGGCGUUGGGGACGGUGGUUCCAAUAAAACCCCAUUCUCCAUGACUCCCAAGGCCGCUCACCUCUACAACCCCUUCAACAAUCCUUCGGCAGCAUGUUGACGCGCCUCCAUUUUCAGGGAUGGCAAACAAAGAAAAGAAGAAGAACAAGAACAAGAACAAGAACAAGAAUCUGCCACAACCAUUGUAUUUUUUUGGUUGAGGAGCACCUCUAGGGAAACACUGUAAUUAACUAAAACAGUAGAAAAUAGUAACUGUGUCCAUCCCCCCAUUACUUUUUAUUUGUAUGUUUAUAUAUAACUGGUUUAUAUUAGUGAAUUA